AUGCUUGAUCGCCAUCACUAUUCUACGAAGUCCGUCCGCCAGGGAUACCUAUCGGCUGCCGGACCGGAGAAGGACGAAGUCCACAGCCUUUCUGGUACCAAGUCGCCAUCGAAUACCCAGACAAUUGGCCAGGCCAUCCUCGAAGCCCUCGAGGCCCUGCCUCACGACCUGGUACUCGACAACGUGGCUCUGGCCGUCGCCCUCAUCUGGUGCCGGCUGAUGGACGAGGUCGACUUCUAUCCUGAGCUGCUCGUCAAGUUUAUUCUGCCGCAGACAUUUCCUGGCUCCCCCAUCCCGAUUCCCGCCGGUCGCGGCCAUAGAGCCCGUAACGUACCGACUGUAUGGGAUGUCCUUCUUGUCGAUGAUAUCCAUGCCAUCGGACUCCCUUCCUACCGCAACAAUGCCAGGUUGGGCGAGAAGUGGGUAGGACCCCUUUUCUGUCACCACCUCUUUCACGAGCAGUGGUUACCCGAGCGCAACAUGAACAGCUCCGUCUUCAGCAGUAUGAAGGACCCCUUUUAUUGGGUCGACGUUCUUGUCUCCUACCAACCGCCCGAGUCGUCGGAACUCGAUGGCCUAUUUGGUGAUGACGGGCUCGCAUCCCAGAACAACAUCGUUCUCAACCCCGCCGGGUACUUUCCAUCGAUUCCAUGGGGUCUCUGGAAGAACGAGUACUUUGAGCGAGUCGCCAGCGCAGCAAAUGACGGCAAGAGUCUGGCGGAAAUCAACUUCAAUCAGAACAGUAUGCUUCCUGAGUGGGAUAACAUAAACCAGAAGUUUGUCAGAGGGGGCCCAACUAUCUCACUCCUUGAAAAUAGCCAAUUCGGUUCCAAUGCCUCUGUUACCAGUUUUAGUUCCGAGGGCGAGGAACCCGAUGAGCAAGAGGAAUCAGUGGAACCAGAGGAGCCCGUCGAACAAGAGGAACAAAGGCGGUCCGUGGAAUUUGUCGACAGACAGUACGUGGACGAGCUUUUCCAAAUUGCCCAACUCCAUUUCAUGAAACCCCUUCUUCAUUUCAGCGACUCAAUGGAGCCCAUCAUCAGUCUCGUUGCGAAGGAUUACGAAGCCCCAGACAAUAUUACGAGGGACGAAUUCGAUAUGGAGUUUGGCGCUGACAUUAACGGUAUCAAGGAGGUGAAUGCCGAUCUUGCUGCCAAGCUUGAUGCUAUUCGGUGGCAAGCAACUCACGAAAUCGAUGGGGUCAGUUUUGCCGAUGACUCUUAUUUCAAAGUGCACCUCGAUGAGGUUCUCGGCCAUCCUGCUAUGGAUGUCUAUGAUUCUCUCUUUGCGCUGCAACAAGCCUACGAGUCGUUGAAGGAUGUAGUCCCUUCGUUCAAAAUCUAA